AACGCUUCACAUGGAAGGAAGGAAGCCACGUUGACAUCAAUCAGUGUUUUCAUCGCUUGAUAAACUAGAACACAUCUUCCGUUCACCGUGAGUCUCGGCGGAGUGCCAUGUAAUGUGAGUAUCUUCAGCUGAAACGCUGUGGUGUUUGUCAGGUGUGUGGUCAUCAGGAUGAGUGUGGGCUUCAUCGGAGCGGGUCAGCUGGCACACGCCCUGGUCAAGGGCUUCACAGCGGCGGGUGUGAUCACUGCCAACAGAAUCACAGCGAGUUCACCCGACACAGAUCUGCCGACAGUCUCCGGCCUAAGGAAAAUGGGCGUCAAUUUCACUACGAGCAACAAAGAGGCGGCGCACAAGAGUGACGUUCUGUUCCUGGCCGUCAAGCCACACAUCAUCCCGUUCGUUCUGGACGAGAUCGGUCCCGAUAUCGAGGACCGCCAUCUGAUCGUGUCCUGCGCCGCUGGAGUCACCAUCAGCUCCAUCGAGAAGAAGCUGCUCCAGUACCGCACGGCUCCUAAAGUGAUGCGGUGUAUGACGAACACGCCGGUGGUGGUGCGCGAGGGGGCCACGGUUUACGCCACAGGAAGUCACGCCGAGGUGGAGGACGGGAAGCUCCUGGAGCAGCUGAUGGCCAGCGUGGGCUUCUGCACCGAGGUGGAGGAGGAUCUGAUCGACGCCGUGACGGGUCUCAGCGGCAGCGGACCUGCUUACGCGUUCACGGCUCUGGAUGCUCUGGCUGACGGGGGGGUGAAGAUGGGGUUGCCACGGCGACUGGCGGUCAGACUGGGAGCACAAGCUUUACUGGGAGCAGCUAAGAUGCUUCUGGACUCGGAGCAGCACCCGGGACAGCUGAAGGACAACGUCUGCUCACCAGGGGGCGCUACCAUCCACGCCCUGCACUUCCUGGAGAGCGGAGGCUUCCGGAGUCUCCUCAUCAACGCUGUGGAGGCGUCCUGCAUCAGGACCAGAGAGCUGCAGUUUCUGGCCGAUCAGGAGAAGAUCUCGCCCGCCGCCAUCAAGAAAACGACGCUGGAUAAAGUUCUGCAGCAGCCGGGCGUCUCGUCCACAUCAGUCGCCACCAAGAGCAGAGUCAACCUGUUCAACCACAGGAACGGCGUCAAGAAGUGAACACACACACACACACACACACAGAGGACAAUACAAGAACUGUGCUGCCUGUCCACACACACACACACACAUUCAUUGG